UCAUUCAGCGAAGAUGGCGAGCGGAGGAGUGUCGGUGGCUUCGCUGUGGACCGAAGUCAACCGCUGCGGACAGAAUGGAGACUUUACGAGAGCGCUGAAAGCUCUCACUAAAAUUUUGCACGAGAACAGGGAUGAUGUGACGGCCCUUCACUGUAAAAUAGUUUGCCUUAUUCAGAAUGGCAGCUUCAAAGAGGCGCUGAAUGUCAUGAACACCCAUUCAAAAGUGCUCGGCAGUGAGGUUGUGUUUGAGAAGGCGUACUGCGAGUAUCGGCUGAACAGAGUGGAAAGUGCCCUGAAGACCAUCGAAGGUGCUCCCGAACAAUCAGACAAACUAAAGGAGCUCUAUGGACAAGUGUUAUACAGACUAGAGCGCUAUGAUGAAUGCAAAUCAGUCUACACAGAUCUGAUCAGGAAUUCUCAGGAUGAUUAUGAGGAGGAGAGAAAGACAAACCUUGCUGCUGUGGUGGCGUCUAUGAGUCAGUGGGAGAAAGCUCCACCAGAAGAUCUUGGUCUCCCUGAGACAACAUAUGAGCUGUGCUACAACGCUGCUUGCGCUCUGAUUGGCCAAGGACAGCUAACAGAGGCUCUCAAUAAACUACAACAAGCAGAGGAACUUUGCAGAAUUUCUUUGGCAGAUGAUUCGGAUGUAACUGAGGAGGACAUUGAGUCUGAGCUGGCGGUCAUUCACUCUCAGAUGGCGUACGUUAUGCAGUUACAAGGUCGGACAGAUGAGGCACUGCAGCUCUACAACCAGGUCAUCAAGCUCAAGCCCUCAGAUGUGGGGCUGCUUGCUGUGACUGCAAACAAUAUAAUUACAAUAAACAAGGACCAAAACGUGUUUGACUCAAAGAAGAAGGUAAAACUGACAAACGCUGAGGGUGUGGAAUACAAACUGGCAAAGAAGCAGCUGCAGGCCAUCGACCUCAACAAAGCCCUGCUGGCGAUGUACACCAACCAGGCCGACCAGUGCAGAAAACUGUCCUCCAGUCUUCAGUCUCAGAACCCAGGUCAUCCCCGUCCAGUCCUUAUCCAAGUUGCUCAGCUGUGCAGAGAAAAGCAGCACGGCAGAGCCAUUGAGCUACUACAGCAAUUCUCAGAUCAACAUCCGGAGAGUGCCUCUGGCAUCAAACUGACAAUGGCACAACUCUAUUUAGUACAAGGUCAUGUAACAAAAGCGUGUGAUGUGCUAAGGUCCAUUGAAGAGUUCAAGCACAAAUCAGGGAUGGUUUCAGCUCUUGUUACAUUAUACACCCAUGAAGAAGACAUCGACAGCGCAAUUGACGUUUUCAAACAAGCUAUCGAGCACUACCAGUCUGAACAGCCCGGGUCUGCUGCACACUUGGCACUGGUACGAGAAGCUGCCAAUUUCAAACUAAAGUACGGAAGGAAAAAAGAAGCCAUUAGUGAUCUGGAGCAGCUGUGGAAGCAAAACACCAACGACAUCCACACGCUUGCACAACUCAUCUCUGCUUAUUCCCUGGUGGACACGGAUAAAGCCAAAUCCCUCAGCAAGCACCUUCCAUCAGCAGACACAAUGGCCUUCAACGUAGACGUGGACGAGCUAGAGAACUCUCAUGGAGCGACCUACGUUAGGAAAAAAGCAGCUAAGGUCACAGGAGACAACCUCCCCAAAGAACAAGGCCAAGGCGAAAUAAAAAAGAAGAAGAAGAAAAAGAAAGGCAAACUGCCCAAAAACUACGACCCAAAAGCAACUCCUGACCCCGAGAGGUGGCUUCCCAUGAGGGAGCGUUCGUACUACAGAGGCAAGAAGAAGGGGAAGAAGAAGGAGCAGAUCGGUAAAGGCACACAAGGAGCAACUGCAGGAGCUUCAGCUGAACUGGAUGCCAGUAAGACAGCAAGCAGUCCUCCUACCUCCCCGAGACCAGGGUCAGCAUCCGGCUCAUCUGCAGCCCCCGCCAGCAACGUGGUCCCUCCCCGACAGCAGAAACCUGCAGCCUCAGGGGCCACACGCAAGAAGGCACCACAGAAGAAGAAGAAGGGAGGAAAAGGAGGCUGGUAGUUCGGAGGGAAGCAACACAGGAAGGAGAAAAGGGGCCACGGGAUCCACUGAUGUCAGUGUGGAUGAGACAAAAAGCAAUCAUAAGCUUUUCUCUUUUUCACGUUUCAAGAUUUAAUUUUGUUUUUUAUUCUGCCCGUUCGUUUAAAUGUAAAACCAAAAGCUCCCCUUUGCUCCUCUUUGUCAUUAAUUUGUGGUGUUUUUUUAAGGACAUUUUAGAGGAUAUUUAAAGGACAGUUCCACUAAAUUAAACGUUUUGUUGCCCUGCAGGAGAAAAAUGAUUUAAAAGGUUUAUGUCAAUAAGAGGUUUUUCAAAAAGCGUUCAAUAUUUGUUGGUUUUUAAUUACAGAAUUUGCAGGCAAACUCCUGCUUUAUUGGACUUAAAUAUUGGCUGCCAGUGUUUUUGUGCAAUUUAGACAGUGCCAGAGUUGUCUUGCUAUUUUCAAUGGAUUUCUUUCUCUCCUGUGCACCUGUCUUAUGAAAUGCAUGUAUUUUUUUAAAGCUUUGGUACUUUUUGAUACUGUUGAUCAUUUAUUUACCAGAGAUUGUAUCAUUUUAAAACACAUUGUAUCAAAAAGUAGCAAAGUAUUUAACUUUCUGACAGCUUUAGGUAAGGAUGAUGGAUUUAAGAUUGAUGUCCUUAUAGUCACCAGGUGUACCUGGCUGUAUUGUCUGCCAAAUGUUUUGUAGAUUUUCAUGUAUACGUCAUGUUCAAACACAUCUGUAAAUUUCCACUUUAAAAUGACAGAUAAAUGAGAUGUAGAUCCUGAAAAUUUUGUAGAAUUUUACAUUAUCAUCUCAACAUUAGCACACAUGAUUCUCUGUCGACUCUAUUUAAUAUUCUUUGUAUUAAUACUUGUUAAAACAAUGUAUUAGUUCAGUAGUUCAGGGCAGAUUUUGAAACAAGCUUUUGCAGAGUAACUGGAAGCCUAAUUUGGGGGGAAUUGUCCUUUAACUCGUCUUUGGGUCAGAGUAUCAUGGCGUAAUUUUUGCAUCCUGUCUCCUUAAACUGUUCUUGUACUUUAAAUCAGCUGCAAAAAUGCAAUGUUAGAGAGCUAUUUAUUUUUUAAUCCCUCCCUGUGUUGGUCUGAAUUCAAGCAAAAUAAUUUUAAUUCUUUAAAUUUGUCUGAUGCAUGUGUCAGAAAAAAAAAGGAAAGAGAUCAAACAUGUGUCCCGUUUUGUUCAGUCUUAAUAAAACUCACUACAGCAACUAGUGA